AUGGACAUCCUACGCAAGUCCUACGAGUACGGAACAUCGCCUCUGAACCCUUCGUCGCUCUCGAAUCCAUCCAACACGUUUUUGUUUGGCGGCAGUAUCUCUCAAUCGCUCUCACCACUUCUGCAUGGAAUACUCUUUCGAUCCGUGAAUGCAUCAUGGGCGUAUCAUCUCGCCCAAACGACCGACAAGAAUGAGUUUCUCGCGAAACUCGCCGAUCUCAAGUCUAUUGGCGCGUCCAUCACCAUGCCCAACAAGGUCACAUUCGGACCCCUUCUGGAUGAUUUGACCGAGGAGGCCCGAGGCAUCGGAGCCGUUAACACCGCUUUCGUACGUCUUGAUCCUACCGGAAAGCGCCGGUGGAUUGGCACCAACACAGAUUGUGUUGGAAUCCGCGAAGCCAUUCUUCAACAUGACCCGCAUGCCGUUUCUAAGGCACAGGGAAAACCGGCUAUGGUGAUUGGCGGAGGAGGAGCAGCACGAAGCGCCAUUUAUGCAUUGUGGAAAUGGUUUUCUCCUUCCGAGAUCUACAUUGUGAACCGACUGCAAUCAGAGGUUGAUGAUAUUGCCAGCUUCUUCACGAAAACAAUGCCUGACAUCAAGCUUCGUUACAUUGCGGAUGUGAAUACUGCACACAACCUUCCUUCCCCUUCGAUUGUUGUCGGCACAAUUCCUGAUUAUCCACCCUCUGAGCCGGGAGAGGUGCUUUGUUGGAAUAUAAGUGAGCACAUUCUGCAAAAGUCCAAGGGGGGCUUGUUGGUGGAUAUGUGCUAUAUGCCAUCGCCUGAGACCCGGCUUUUGUGUACGGCGAGAAAGGCUGGUUGGGCCGUUGUUCGGGGUACAGAGGUCCUUGUACGAGUAUGUGUUGCUCAACAAAUUUUGUGGUUAGAAAGGGAAUCGAACGAACGGGGGGUGGAAGAGGCCAUGGCUGCGAUUGCUAUGCCAAAGAGUAGUAUUAAAUUGUAG